ACAUAUUCAUGAGAGCGAAAAAAGGAAAAACACCCGAACAAAGGUUCGAAGAACAUUUCAAUUAGGUUUACGACAGGUUAAAAAAAGAGCAGCCCAAUUUUAGUACCAAAGUAAUAAUGAUACAUGCUGAUUUAAGCAAGUUAGAUCUUGGAUUAUCAAAGGAAAAUCGAGAACGUCUUUUGGAUACAAAUGUAAUAUUCCACGCAGCAGCGACUGUACGAUUUAAUGAACCAAUUCGAAUUGCAGUAAAUAUAAAUAUAAGAGGAACAAAGCAGCUUCUUCUCUUAGCAAAAGAAAUGCCGAAGUUAAAGUCAUUCGUCUACGUAUCUACUGCAUUUUCCCAUUGUGUAAAUAAUUUCAUUGAAGAAAGAUAUUAUCCUGCGCCUAUGGAAACGGAUAAAAUUUUGAUUUUAGUCGAUAUUGUGGACGAUGAAAAAUUGGACAAAUUCAUGCCAACAUUAAUAGAUGACUGGCCGAAUUCAUAUGCAUAUACAAAGGCGAUCGCUGAAGAUACUGUUCGACAAUACAGCAUAGGAAUUCCAGUUUGCAUUGUACGACCAUCAAUUGUAAUAUCAACCGCUGAGGAGCCAGUGAGCGGCUGGAUCAACAAUGUAUAUGGAGCAGUCGGUGUUGUCAUGGGUAGUGCCAUAGGUUUAUUACGUACUUUGCAUUGUGAUCCUGAUAAAGUGGCAGAGAUAGUGCCCGCUGAUUAUGUUAUUUCGCAUCUCAUAGUUGCGGCUUGGGAUACCGCUAAAAGAAAAGAUACUUUGUUGAGCAUUGAGAGCGCAAAUCCGAAUGUUCCAGAAACUGAGAGAGUGCCAAUUUACAAUUACGUGUCGAUAUGCCAAAAUCCCAUUACUUGGAAGAAAUUUAUGAAAUUAAAUGAAAUCUCUGGCAUGCGGGUACCAAGCAAACAUAUUAUUUGGUACUAUAUGUUUUUUCUAAACAAAUAUAAAUUCGUGCACGAUGUGUAUGUGAUAAUUCUGCAUAUGAUACCCGCUGUUAUAUUCGACACUGUGCUUUUUCUUAUUGGCCGAAAACCUAUGCUAUUAAAGGCAUAUAAGAAGAUAAAUCAGUUUACUUCUACAAUAGCGUAUUUUUCGACGCAACAAUGGCAAUUCAACAAUGACGCCGUUGUAAAACUCUGGAGUCGUGUGACUCCAGCUGAUCGCCAGAUUUUCAAUUUCAAUAUGAGUAACUUGAACUGGGAAUUAUAUCUCGAGAAUAUGAUGCCUGGUUUGCGCUUAUACCUAGCUAAAGAUCCGAUGGAUACUUUAGAUGAAGGACGUGAGAAAUUUAGGAGAUUAAAGGUCUAUCAUUACUCUUUGUUAACGGUUAUUACGAUUUUAUUAGUAUGGGGUAUCAUAAGCAUAAUAAAUCGUAUAAUGUCUUUCUUGUAAUUUAAUAAAUCAUAUAAUGUUAUCUUACACA